AUGUGCUGAUAGGAUGAAAUGCUGUUUACCUGAUUAAGCUUCACCAACGUUCAUCGGUGGGUGGUGAGACAGCAUGGCAGCGGCGGUGUUGAGGCAUUGUUGGAGAGGACUUUUACAGAACUCGGGUAAUGGAGCUGUCUGCACUGUCAGGUCGAAGAUCCUCGAGGGAUUUAGACAGAAAUCUACAGUACAGUACAUAUCACGGCCAGAUCAUCCUAAGCUGGCCUAUCGGAGAGUGAAGGGAAAGAGUCCUGGUGUCGUGUUCCUGCCUGGAUAUGGAUCUAACAUGAGCGGACAGAAGGCAGAGGCCCUGGAGGGGUUCUGCAGGUCGCUAGGUCAUGCAUACCUGAGGUUUGAUUACUCUGGUCAUGGAGCUUCUGAGGGUGUAUUUUCAGAAGGCACCAUUGGAACAUGGAAAAAAGACGUCCUGUUCAUGUUAGAUGAACUCGCUGAAGGUCCCCAGAUUCUCGUGGGCUCCAGUAUGGGCGGCUGGCUGAUGCUUUUGGCUGCUAUCGCUCGCCCAGAGAAGACAAAAGCCUUGGUGGGCAUUUCCACAGCAGCAGAUCAUUUCGUUACAGCCUUCAAGACACUUCCUAUAGAGGUGAGAAAAGAGUGUGAGGACAAGGGUGUAUGGACAAUCCCCACGAAAAGUAACGAGGAGGGCAUGUACACUGUGAGUAUGGACUUCCUGCGUGAGGCGGAGAACCACUGCAUCCUACAGAGCCCCAUCCCUAUCACCUGCCCCGUACGUCUCAUUCACGGCCUGAAAGACGAGGAUGUGCCUUGGCACAUCUCCAUGCAAGUGGCAGAGCGUGUGCUGAGCCCCGACGUGGACAUCAUUAUGCGGCGCCACGGUCAGCACCGCAUGGCUGAAAAAGAUGACAUCAAGCUCAUUGUCUACACCAUCGAUGACCUCAUAGACAAGCUUACCACGAUGGUGUGAAACGCCGUUUGGGAUGGGGUUACCGAGCAACCUGCCUUAAGACCCUCUCCCACUUUCUUUGCCAAGCACCCACUUCCUGUUUUGUUGUGCGAGACAAGAAUGAUGGAAAAGGUGACCUGGAAGACAAAAAUGUUUAUUUUACAUGUUUACCGCAAUACUGUGCCAUUAAACCUUUUAGGUAAAGCUGCUGUUUGUCUAGCAUAAGGUUUGUCUAGAUCAUCUGUGCCUUUUUUACCGUAUUUCACACUGUUUUAUGGAAAUAAAGCCUCUGUAUACCAAUAUGCAGUGUAAUUAAACACUGUUUCUUAAAUUCCUUAAAGCAAUGGUUCAGGUUCAAUGUUAAGCUCAGCUGACAACAAUAAUUUUAAUUUAUCUACCAUUUUAUACAUUUUAAUCCAUCAUUAAUAUACAUACAUACACGCCUGACCUCAUUCAUUUCCAUUGUACCUCACUAUAACCUAGAUUACUAUUAUUAUUUUUUUAUGUUUUUAAAGAAAAUAGUAUGUGCAACAAGUGAUAAUGCACUUUUUUUUGCAAUUAACAUUAGGUCACAAAUGCUGUAGAUUGAGUUUUUGCUGAAAUGACGGUUCCUUUUAGGCCAGUAUCUUGUAAGGAAUUAGUGGUGUGUACUACUGCUUUGGCCCACCUGAACAUCCACUGAAUAAGCAUGUUAUGCUGACCUUUCAGUUCUCUCCUGCCCUUUGCAUUCUCUUGUUUGUUUGGAGGACAUAUUGGGUCACUGCUCCAGAAACAGCUUGGUUGUUUAUUAACGUGCAUGAUUAGUGUUGGACUAGAUUCAAAGGGCCGGGGGCUUUUUUUUUUUCUUUUCUUUUUUUUUUUUUACCCCAUCCCAAUCCAAUGAGCUUUAACAACCAGACUGACCUUUCUAUAUCAGUUGAUUAUCAGAGGCCUCUAAAUUGAAAUGGCACCAAGCAGUUUACUCAAAAUAAAACAUGACUAGACGUGAAUACAUUAUUCAGGUGUCAUUUAAACCACAGUAAUUGCUCAGUAGAAGAGCUUGCUAGUAUUAUAUAAGCUGCCUUAUAUUUUGAUGUUGUUUAGCUACUAUUAAACUAUUAUAAAACACUGUAAUUUAAUACAAUCUUAGGGGUAUGUCGUUUAUUACGUAUUAUGUAAUUAAAGAUUUAAGUUCCUCAGUUUACUCGCUUAGGUCUACUUAAGAAAAAAACACGUUUAUUUAGUAGUAGCUAAAGUAGCUAUAAACCAUGCUUAAAGAAUUCCGUAAUUAUUUUAGCAUUAGAUGACUUGCGUUUCCUGUUUAUCACGUGCUACUCACUUUUUUUUCUCUCUCUCUCUCU